AUGAUCAUACAUCCAAGCACAAUCAAGGAGAGUCAGGAUGAUGUUAUAAAUGGCCUCAUGAAAGAGGUAGAGCCAGAGUAUCGUAUAAAACCUACAUAUCUAUUCAAAAAAGAAUAUACUAAAUGGAUGAAUCAGGGAAGUGCUCUAAAUUUUGAUCUAUCCUAUUCCCUUGGCAAUAAUCUUGAUGAAAAACUACUUUUCACAAUUGAGAAUGUUAUUCGUAUGAGUAAAAUGGAGCAGUAUCAAGAGUUAUUUCGUUCCUUUAAAUAUGGAAAGCAAAGAGAAUAUGUGUUCAACUCAAAUAAGGGUGAAAAUGUUGGUCAUCAAACUCUACAUGAAACAAUCUCAUCCCUUCAAAACUAUAAAGAAGGGAAUGAAUUAAGCUCUAAGGAAUCUAAUGAAACCGUCAAUACUCUCAAAGCCUUAGAAUUCCUUAAUGAAACAAGAUCUGAAAUGCUGUCAACUCUCAAUGAAUCAGAACUACAUCACUCCAUCAUGCUUUUUGAGGAUACCAUUAAGGAAUGCCACUCCAUCCUGAUGAAGGGUCUUGUAGUGAAUAAUGGCCUCUACAGACAAAAGCAAGCGUGUGCAAUGAGAGAUGAUAACACCCUUCUCUAUUAUGUAGAUCAUGAUUUAGUAGCAGAUCGUUGUGUAGGCCUCAUAGAUUAUUACAAUACAAUUGUCGAUGAAUGCGUAGGUGAAGAUAUGUUCAAUGUUGAAAAAUUAUUCAAAUUGGCUUCCUACUUGGCUUUUAACUUUGUAGACAUCCACCCUUUUUCUGAUGGAAAUGGUAGAAUGGCAAGAUUAUUGGCUAAUUAUGUUCUUUCUCUUCACCUUCCAUUCCCUGUCACAUUUUCAAAUGAUAGAAAGGAAUAUAUAGCAGCAGUCGAAACUUUUAGAAAUUCACAUCCCCAACAAUUUACAGUCAUGUUGAUGGAAAAUGCAUUUCAAUCCUGUUUGGACUUUUUGAAAAGCAAUAACCUAAAUAAUGACAAAUACAAUCACCAAAUUUAA